GUGUCUUCUUCGUCGGUAAAAGAGAAAUCUCAGAGUCUCGAUCAGCUCUCUAAGCAAUCAAAUUUGAAGAAGGUGAUACUCUCUGCGAUGCCGCCGAAGAGAAAUUUCAGGAAACGUCCGUUAGAGGAGGAGGAAGAAGAAGAUGACCAAAGUAAAGCCGCGAGUUCAAAAGAAGAAGAGAAACGAAGAUUGGCGUUGGAAGAGGUGAAGUUCUUGCAGAAGCUGAGAGAGAGGAAGCUAGGGAUCCCAGCUUUGUCGACGGCGCAGAAUAGCACGGGGAAAGGGAAACCAGCGGAGAAAGCUGAAGCUGAAGGAGAGAAAGAGGAGCUUGUGUUGCAGGAUACGUUUGCCCAAGAGACUGCUGUUUUGAUUGAAGAUCCCAACAUGGUAAAGUACGUUGAACACGAAUUAGCUAAGAAAAGGGGGAAGAGUCUUGAGGAUGCAGAGGAGGUUGAGAACGAGUUGAAGCGAGUGGAAGAUGAAUUGUAUAAGAUCCCUGAUCACCUUAAAGUUAAGAAGCGUAGCUCAGAAGAGAGCUCAACGCAGUGGACUACUGGAAUAGCUGAAGUGCAACUCCCUAUCGAAUACAAGCUGAAGAACAUUGAAGAAACAGAAGCUGCAAAGAAGCUUCUUCAAGAGAAGAGGCUUAUGGGUCGGCCAAAGUCGGAGUUUAACAUUCCCUCUAGUUACAGUGCGGAUUAUUUCCAACGUGGGAAAGAUUAUGCUGAAAAGCUUAGAAGAGAACAUCCCGAGUUAUACAAAGAUAAAGGACCUCAAGCGAAUGGCGAAGGACCUAAACCUUCUACUAGUAACAAUAAUGCUACGGAUUCAGGGAAUACCAGACAAGCUGCAACUGAUCAGAUCAUGAUGGAACGGUUCCGCAAGAGAGAGCGUAACCGUGUGAUGAGGAGAUGAAGAGCGGCUUGAUGAUACUCUGACCUUUGUAACAAUUUGAUAUUUUGAAAAACUUUCUCCGGAUAUUUGAAUUAUGUAACAUUUCAUUCAAGGAACCAAGUUUUUAUUUAUAA